AUGCCUGUAAUUCAUACACUCGUCCUUUUGGUCUCCUGCACGCUGCUUGUGCACCGGGGCGACGGAGCGUGCGCAGAACCAGACUCGGACACCGAAGCGGUGGUGGGUCAAGGCUUCAAACUGACCUGCAUCUCGUGCAAAAGGAGAAGUGAGGUCAAAGCCAGCGCUACUGUGGAGUGGUACUUCAAGGCUAAAGGGGAAGUGGAUUUUGUGCAGAUCUACUCCUACAGCGAAAUGGGCCCCACAAUCGAAAACGAACACUUCCUGGAUCGUCUGGACUGGAACGGGAGCAAGAGGAGCAACGACAUCCAAGACGCGUCCAUCUACAUUCUCAAUGUCACCUUCAACGACUCGGGCACGUACCGAUGCUUCUUCAACCGCAUCCUCGCCUACGAGAACUACGAGUACACCACCCUGGUCAGUAAAGUGGUCUACCUCACCGUGGUGGAAAAAGCCACCCGAGGUACGGCGUCCAUCGUGUCGGAAGUCAUGAUGUACGUGUCCAUCAUCGGACUGCAGGUGUGGCUACUCAUUGAGAUGAUAUAUUGCUACCGGAAAAUAGCAGCAGCCGGGGAGGAAGCCUUAAGAGAAGCCGCGAACGCAGAAUAUUUAGCGAUUGCCUCUGAAAGUAAAGACAACUGCGCGGCAGGGCAAGUUGGAGAAUAA